AUGGGAAUUAAUAAUCCAAUACCACGAAGCUUAAAGAGCGAGUCAAAGAAAGCAGCAAAGAUCCUUGCUAGUUUCAUCAAACCAAAUCAGAUAGCAGGUGCAAACGACGUGAUCCCACCUCAUGUGUUGCAGAAUGCCAAAGGUUUGGCAGUUAUCACUGUUUUGAAGGCUGGUUUUCUCUUCUCCGGAAGAGCAGGCUCCGGUGUCAUUGUAGCUAGAUUGCCAGAUGGAUCGUGGUCGCCACCAUCGGCCAUCGUUACUGCUGGUGCUGGUGUCGGUGGACAGAUCGGAGCGGAGCUCACGGAUUUCGUUUUCAUAUUGAAUUCCAAAUCCGCUGUCGAGAGUUUCGCCCAAAUGGGUUCGGUUACUUUGGGUACAAAUGUCUCGAUUGCCGCCGGUCCCUUAGGUAGAAAUGCUGAAGCUGCAGGUACAGCAUCCUUGAAGUCGGUCUCUGCGGUUUUCUCCUACUCGAAAACCAAGGGUUUGUUUGCUGGAGUGUCAUUGGAAGGUUCGGCCAUUGUGGAGAGAAGAGAGGCCAACAGAAAGUUCUAUGGCAACAACUGUAAGGCCAGAAACAUCUUAGCUGGACAAGUUGAGGCUCCACCUGCUUGUGAACCGCUCAUGAGAGUCUUGGAGAGCCGUGUGUUCAACAGUUCUAUUCCAGAUGAUGAUUUCUAUAAUUCCGAUUACUACGAUGACAUUCCUGACGAUUUCUCCGACUCCAACUCGGAGUUCUCUAACAGAAGAACCGGAACCAGAGUUCGCAACCAAGGCAGCAGACGUUACUCGGACGAGUAUGGUUACUCCGACGACGAUUACCUGGACGAUGACUAUGGAUCCAACCGAAGAAACUCCAGACGCCAAAGCUCGCAGUCUCAUGGCAACGGCAAAUCAAAUAAGUCCGCCUGGGAGGAUAAUAUAUACGACGGGGGAGCGAGCCGCAGGCGUGAUAACAACGACAUGGAGAACUUGGGGCUGCGCCUUAACAAUACUCGUCUUGGAGGUUCUUCGAAUGCUCCUCCAAAGCCUAGUGCAUCUUCAAAACCCGACUUUGGUGGCGCCCCAAAGACAAACGCUAACCAGGCCAUUGCCUUGUACACCUUCAAGGGAGAACAGCCUGGAGAUUUGCCAUUCAAGAAGGGAGACGUGAUUGACAUUUUGAAAAAGUCUGGCACUACUGACGACUGGUGGACCGGUCGUAACAACGGCCAAAGUGGUAUCUUCCCUGCAAACUAUGUUGAGUUAAUAUAG